AUACAAGACACCGAAAGCCAAAGACAAUGAGGAGCUGGAGCGGAAAUACUGGAAAAACGUCACGUUCAAUCAACCCAUAUACGGGGCAGACAUACCCGGCUCACUCUAUGAUUCGGGCGUCAACGAAUGGAACAUCAAUCACCUUGGGACCAUACUGGAUACCGUAGCACAAGAGUAUGGUGUGAGUAUUCCUGGCGUUAAUACGGCUUACUUGUACUUUGGAAUGUGGAAGACCUCUUUCGCUUGGCACACGGAGGACAUGGACCUGUAUAGUAUUAAUUACCUUCAUUUUGGGGAGCCAAAGCAAUGGUAUGCCAUUCCUCCUUCACAUGGGGAGAGAUUGGAGAGAUUAGCUGGGAACCUGUUCCCGGAUAGCCUGGACGAGUGCUCGAGCUUCCUCAGACAUAAAAUGUCGAUAAUAUCGCCAUCACUUCUCAAGCAGCACUCAAUACCUUAUGGAAAG